AAGGAAAACCAGAACAAAACGUGAUGAUUGAACACAAAUUCUUCAACAUUUCUCUGUUUCUGUUGCUUCUUUUUUCAGGAGAUCUAAGUGGAGAUCUUUCACUCUCCUUCACUGUCAGAGAUGGAGAUAAAGUCACUUUGCCUUGUGAAAACAUGAUCAAAAACCAUCACAGCUGUGACACUACCACCUGGCUCUUCACUGAUUCAAGAGGAAAAGCAGCAGUAGAGCUGGUUAAUCUUGGACAAAUCAAAGAAACAGUCAAAUCAGACAGACUGAGUGUUACAGCAGAAUGUUCACUGGUUAUAAAGAAGGUCACAGCUGAGGAUGUUGGUCGUUACACCUGCAGACAGUUUAGAGGCAAUCCAGGGAAACAGCAAGGUCCAGAUGCUGUGGUUUAUCUGUCUGAUGUCAUCAUGACUGAACAGAAGAGCAGGGAUCAGGUGACUUUAAACUCCUCUGUGCAGGUACAUGGACAUUGUGAACACAAAGUGAAGUGGAUCCAUUACAGUGAAGGUCUGAAUAGAGAUUACUCAAACAUAAAAACAUUACAGUCGUCCUGCUCUGCUACUGUGACUUUUGUAAAUUCUUUAUACAGUCACAUAUCUAACUCUGACUUUAAGUGUAACGUAACAACAGAAGAUGGCAAAGAGCAGCUUUUUACCUUCAGCCCUCAUUCAUCAGGUGAACAAACAAACAAACAUAAUCACAAGGUCUAAAAUCACCUUAAAAGUUGUAAAUGCCAGCAUUGAAUGUAGAUGUAUGUAUUGAUGUGUUUCUUUGGCAUCAACAGCAAUAAAGCAGAGGUACGAGAUGCUUUACAAAAUGUACAAAAUAGUUUAAAUAGCAACAUUCAAAUAACUUGUGUAACACUUUCUAUCCUAACUCUUUCAU